GAAAAGACCAGUCAAAUGUACACAAAAAACAUGGAAGACGCUGCUUCAAGAACCUGUUGCAGAGAGAGAAGAGAGAAAGAGAAGAGAGAGAGAGAGAGAGAUUUGUAUUUUUCCCAUCUUUUUCAGACGUCCCCCCCCCCCUCGUCACUCCCCCUGAUCUUUAUAUAUACCUGCUUUCUUUGUCUCUGAUCCCUACCUUCUCUCUCAAACCAAAAUCAUAAAAACCCAAGAACAAUCUCUCUUUCUCUCUCUUCACCAUCCCCUGCCUUUAAUUCUUCAUACAUAUCACCCUGCUUUCUUCUCCAAUCCCCACCUUUCCACCCUAACAAUCAAAAUAUCUCUCUCUCUCUCUGCAAUUCUUUCCUUGCUCUGCAUUUUGAACCCUCUCACAUAUUCUCUCUCUGCAUUUCCUGUUGCUUCUUCUCUCUCUCUAGCUAUCUAUCUGUGUCUCUGCUUUUUUGGCUUUUAAUUCCUGUCAUAAGCCACAAUGUCUGCUUUCUCACACCAGCCUUUAAUGGACUUGGCUUUCAUAUCCAACUGGAAUGGCAAAUUCUCAGGAAUUGAGAUGAAUGCCUGUUUCUCUAAUGGGGUUCAAAACUUUAACAAUUUGCAAGUGUUCCCUUCCAGUGAUGAGCUAAAGAAAUGGGGAUUUAACAGUGGUGAUUGUAACCAAUUUAAUGGAGGUUUCGAGAGCCAUUUUACUGGGGAGGUUGGAGAAAAUGUGGAGACACAGAUGAAGAUAGGAGCCAUUGCUGAAUGUGAAAGCCGUACCGAUGCAGAAUCGGACAAGGUCAUGCAAGAGACCAGCUCUGAUCAAAAUAGCAUUGAGAAAAAGAGGAGAAAAAGCAAUGGCUACUCUGUGAAUUCUAGCCAUAGCAAGGAAAAUAUUGGAGGUAAAGGAAAGAGAUCAAAGAGUAACAGAGAAGAAAGGAAGCCAAGAUCUGAGCAGAGUAAUGAUAAGAGCUCAAAAGAAGGCGGAGACGAUCCAACGAAGAGUUAUAUCCAUGUUAGGGCUAGAAGGGGCCAGGCAACUGAUAGCCAUAGCCUUGCAGAAAGGGUUAGGAGAGAGAAGAUUAGUGAGAGAAUGAAGCUUUUGCAGGGCCUUGUUCCUGGUUGUGACAAGGUGACGGGUAAGGCACUUAUGCUGGAUGAAAUAAUCAACUACGUCCAGUCGUUGCAAAAACAAGUGGAGUUCCUCUCAAUGAAGCUUGCUUCCGUGAAUCCCAUGUUCUAUAACAUUGAUAUGGAAAUGGAGGUCUGCAUGGAAAAACCUGAGAAGUUACAAAGCCUGAAUGCACCGUUACCUUUAUUGCAAGCAAGCUGCCACACCCAACCCACCAUUGAUUAUGAGGCCAUUACUGCUUCAUUUGCAAACACAACUGCCUUCCCCACAACGACCAAUUACUCUCUGUUCAACAAUUCUGGUUCCAUUUUACUUCACGACCAAAGGCCAACUGCUUUCUCUGAGGAUAAUGGCAACAGAGGAUGGAGUGUGGAGCAUCAAAGCCAGAGAUUUGAUCAUGGAGGGUUCAACCAAAUGGGUUCAUUCUAAGUAAGUGCAAAGUCUCUGCAGAAAAGGUUACUCUGAUCCAAAAUCCAAGGGGAAGCCUGUUCUGUUCAAGGGCACUGAAUGAGGGGAAGGGAACUAGAGGGAAAGAGCGAGAAACACGAGAUAGCGACCCACCAAAUAAAACGAUAUCUUAUCGAGAUCCCUCUGCUGCUGUUUAAUUGACUACAGAGUCCUCCUGCUUGCACAAAUACCAAUACCCUGUACUGGCUUGUUCAGACCUAUAUUAUCAUCUCUCAACUUUAAUUCUCUCUCUCUCUACUUUCUCUCUCUAUAGGUUCUUGAUAUGACCAGAUGUAAUUGCUGGUCGUGGAAUCUUCGCUGGUUGUUAAUAAAAGGGUGUGAAGGUGAUGAACAGAGAGACCCAGUAACGGUAGUGAACAGAGCAUCUGAGAGUAGAAAUUGAUGCAUUCUUUGCCUUGCAGAGAUCUUCUGAACCUCCUUUGUUAGACCCAGUCCGCAUGAUCUUUCAAGGAAAAUAUAUAUACUCUUCUCCAUUUUUAUAUAUAUUUAUAUAUGAUGAUGCAUUUCAGA